GAGUCUAAAAGUGAGGAAACCUCACUUCCUGUACAUGUGUUGUGGAGGGAAGCUCGGGUGGGCAAGAAUCAAGCCGUCGAUCCCGAAGUUCAGAGAGUGUAUACUGAAUGUGAGACCUUGUCGCAAUCGGUGUCCACCGGUGAGGAUCAUGAUGAUAGGAGCGUACUUAGUAGAGCCCUACAUGCUCCUGAGUAUCCCGGUCGGGUGAGGGGUAAGGGUCAUGGUGUGACUCCAACCUCUUAUUACAAGAAUCCUAGGAGAAGAAAUCCUUCAAAUGAAGAAGUGUUGCAAAAGUUGGCGGAAUUGCAAGCACAAGUCUCUGCAUUGCAAAAAGAUAAAGAUUUGUAUAUGAGAGAAAAGUGCAAUACUGCAUCGGUGAGAGAAACUAGUGAUAAAGCUAGUUUCAACGGUCAAAGAAAAUUUCCCGAGGGCAUUUCUUCUUGCCAACUAUUCUUAUCGGCACCGUGUUAUCGCCUAGUUGGCAAGGGAAAAGUGCACAACACUGUGGGAGAUUUACUUCACCAUAGACCGCUCCCGGAUGGACACCUGAAAGUAUCGGUGGAUGUUGUAGUAGAUCAUGAUGCGAUGCUACCGGUACCUGACUUGGUCUCAGAGACGACAUUGCUGCGAGAUGCAAUAGGAUCAUUUGUUGCAUGGCCCUCGGAGCUCAUUGUCAUUAGUGAUGAGAUUGCUCCUAUAAAACCCGCAAAUAAGGGUAAAGGGAUUUUACAGGAGGAGGAGUCUGUUGCAUCACUAAAAGAGGCAUCCGCUCGGGAGUCACAACAAGUGACGCAGCAUGUUCGUACCGUACCACCCACUGGUCCUCCGAAGCCAGCGGGAAAAAAAGGCGGUGCUUUUGUGCCUCGGUACCGGUCGACGCUCGCAACAAUGGUUGAUAUGUCCGAUUUGAAGGACGGUGCUUUACGUGAAAUCGUUAUGGAUGAGAGUGUCUUCGGUAUUGAAUUCAAGUCACUUAUUGAACUUGAUGACUUGGAGGAGAUUUUUAAGCAUGAUCAACUAGGCGUCAAUAACAUGCACUCAUACAUCCGGUUGUUGUAUGACAGAGUGUUGCGCGGGACUCCGUUGUCUAACAGAUUCCGUUUCGUGUCUUCCGCCCACUGCAGCGGAAUGGCAAUUGCUUCGGAACGGGAAUCAGUUAGACAGCGAUUAGUCGAUAGAUUCAUGUCCACCGGCAACACAGAAUGUCUGCAUCUUUGGGCGUAUAAUACCCGACCAGUAGGAGCACACUGGUUGCUGCUUGCUAUCAACCCUAUAAGGGAAGUCGUGUAUUAUCUGAAUUCGGUAAACGGUGAAUGGACCAAUUAUCAGGCCAUGAAGGACAUCGUUGAUUUAUCAAUACAAGUGUUCCGAAGUCAACGGGACGCACAGGUAUCCCGAACUAAAUCUAGCAACAUUACUUGGAUCCAAUUUUGGCUUUUCAUAUCAAUGGCUCACUAG